CAAACUCUCACUUCCUCCAUCACGUAAAGAGGUCUACCCAACUACUAGCACUUACUCCUCUUUCUGACUACACAGCAGAACCAGGGACCUUGACUGAGCAGAGCGAUAUUCCAUCACUAAAAUCAGGUCACCAUGUCCAGGAAGGUAGUCAGGGCCAGUAAGUUCCGUCACGUCUACGGCCAGGCGGUGAAGGCUGACCAGUGCUACGAUGACAUCCGUAUCUCUCAGAUGACCUGGGACAGCAACUUCUGCUCCGUCAACCCCAAGUUCGUGGCCAUGAUUGUGGAUGCCAGUGGGGGAGGUGCCUUUCUAGUGCUGCCCCUGAGCAAGACGGGUCGUAUUGACAUGUCCCAGCCCACAGUCUGUGGACAUACAGGCCCAGUGCUUGAUAUUGAAUUCUGUCCCCAUAAUGACAACAUCAUUGCCAGUGGCUCAGAGGACUGCAGUGUCAUGAUUUGGGAGAUCCCUGACGGUGGCCUGGUCUCGCCCCUGAAGGACCCUGUGGUGAAGCUGGAGGGGCACUCCAAACGUGUGGGCAUCCUUAGCUGGCACCCCACUGCCCACAACGUGCUAAUGAGUGCAGGCUGUGACAACGUGGUGAUCCUGUGGAAUGUGGCGUGUGGCGAGGCCGUGGUGAGGAUCGACUCGGUCCACCCGGACCUCAUCUAUAGUGCCUGCUGGAACAGGGACGGUUCCCAGAUCCUCACGUCCUGCAAGGACAAGACCCUGCGAGUGCUGGACCCUCGCAAAGGCACUGUCCUCUAUGAGAGGGAGAAGACCCAUGAGGGCUCCAGGCCUGUUAAGGCCGUGUUUGUGUCUGAUGGGAAGAUCCUGAGCACAGGCUUCAGUCGUAUGAGUGAAAGACAAGUGGCACUGUGGGACCCGAAGAGCUUUGGGGAGCCUCUCACCCUGCAGGAGUUGGACACCAGUAGCGGCGUUCUUCUGCCCUUCUUCGACCCAGACACCGGCAUCGUCUACCUCUGCGGCAAGGGGGACAGCAGUAUCCGGUACUUUGAGGUGACGGAUGAGGCUCCCUACGUUCACUAUUUGUCCAUGUACAGCAGUAAGGAGAGCCAAAAGGGGAUGGGCUACAUGCCCAAGAGGGGUCUGGAGGUCAACAAGUGUGAAAUCGCCAGGUUUUACAAGCUCCAUGAGAGGAAGUGUGAGCCCAUUGUCAUGACGGUGCCCCGCAAGUCUGACCUGUUUCAGGAGGACUUAUACCCCGACACCAUGGGUCCGGAGCCGUCUGUGGAGGCUGCCGAGUGGUUUGAAGGCAAAGAGGGCAAACCUGUCUUGAUCUCCUUGAAGGAUGGCUUUGUGACCACCACCAAAUCCAAAGAGUUCAAAGUUCAUAAAAGUCUUCUGAAGACAACGGCAGCUUCCUCAGGGCAUCAUAAUAAUAGUGGGGAGGUGCACGCCUUGCAGGAGGAGGUGAAUACUCUGAAGGAGGCUGUAGAGGAGUUGACCAAGCGUGUUUGUGAACUGGAGAGCAAAAUGUGAAUUGGGGCGAAAGGUUAGAAAGAGAGAUGAAAGAAAAAUGCAGAUGUUAAAAGAGAAGAGCGCAUUAACAAGGAAUUAAUUAGUUGGAAAUGUUUAAAGGAAAGAUG